CUGCAAGAUUCAGGAGUGAAGCUACUUUCAGCUGGAUUGGAAAGUCCAAACUGCAAAUAGAAAUUCUCAGCUUGUCGGGCUGUUUAAUCACAGACGAAGGCUGUUCUCAUCUGGCCUUUGCUCUGACCAUGAAUCAUUCUCAUCUGAAAGAGUUGGACCUCAGCUACAAUUGUCUAGGAGAGUUGGGAGUGAAACAGUUGUCGUUUGGACUGCAGGAUUCACAAUGGAGAUUAAACACUCUAAGAGUGGACCCUGCCGGAGUCCAGUGGUUAACACCAGGUCUGAGGAAGUAUUCUUGUCAACUCACAAUUGACUUAAACACAGUGAACAGAGAGCUCAGAUUGUCUGACAACAACAAGAAGGCUACACGUGUGAAGGACCGUCAGUCUUAUCCUGACCAUCCAGACAGAUUUGAUGUCCCUCAACUGCUUUGUCAAACUGGCUUGACCUGUCGUUGUUACUGGGAGGUUGAGGUGAGAGGAGAAGUGGAUAUAUCUGUGAGCUACAGAGGAAUUAGAAUUAGAGGAUACAGUGACGCUUGUUGGUUUGGACGGAAUCAUCAGUCCUGGAGUCUGUUCUGCUCUGAUAAGGGUUAUUCUGUGUGGCACAAUGCCAAAAAAACACCCAUCCUCUUCUCCUCUUCCUCCUCCCCCUUCUCCACCUUCUAUGUCUCCAACAGAGUAGCAGUGUAUGUGGACUAUCCUGCUGGGAUUUUGUCCUUUUAUAGAGUCUCAUCUGACACACUGAUCCACAUCCACACCUUCAACACCACAUUCACUGAACCUCUUUAUGCUGGAUUUAGAAUAUUUCCUGAUUCCUCGAUCUGUCUGUGUUAGGUUAAAGAGUCUCUGAGAAAACAGACACAUGGAAAUUAGAAUUAUUCUUGGAUGUAGAUGUUCUGUUUCUGUCUGUUACACACCAAAUAUUUUCUGCAUCAGUGGUUGGGACUCUUUCACCAUAACUUUAACCAAGAGGAGUCAGUAGCACAAUUUAUUUAUUAAAAAUUAUUGAUCCUAUUUUAUUACACAGAAAUUAAUCUCGGACACCUAAGACUUUCUCUCUCAUACACAUAUUUUGAAAAUGUUUCUGAUUAUAACAUGUAUUUCAAUAUGUCACAGCACAAUUAAUGUAGUGAAAAGAUGCUUAAUAUUCUAGAUAGCAAUAUUGGAACAAUGGUGAAACAAUAUUGGAACCAUGGGGGGUUGCUAGUUUGAUUUCCACUGUAUCUGCCUCUCUUAUUGUGUCCUUGGGAAAGACACUUCACCCACCUUGACUGCUGCCAUUGCUCAGAAAGGCUGAUGACGCAACAUCUUUGGGGCACAGUGAGUCUGUAACUGAGGCUAUAAACCAGUAGCUUGCCUUUAUCAGAAUGUGAAUGUGUUCUUGAAUGACUAUGUUGAAUCCUAUUCAAGUCUGGUUUUGAUUCUAAAAAUAUGUAUCAUUUUGUAUCCCUGUAAAUUGCCUAAAGAAUUUCAUUGAUAUGUACUGACCUGCAAAAACAAAGAAAGACAGAUUAGUACCGUUAAUUGGAGAAAUGAAGAGGGGAAAAGGGGAGAAAACACCCGUUUUUGAUGUACCCAUGUUAGAGAACAGAUGUAUUGAAUAAAAAAAAUGUAUUA